CUUUCUUAAUCGCCCUCCCCUCUCAUAUGUAUGUGUUAUUCAGCAGUAGCUGAUUUCUGCAUCUUCAAUUGCUUAACUUUUUUUUGCCUUGCUCUGUUCUUGUGGAUGAUUCCUACUGUUUUCCACUGGAGAUGUCUUUCGGGUCCAUGGAUCAGCUGUGGUUUAUACACUCCUAUCUUAUCCUUGGCAUGUUCUUGCUAAUAUUUUUUAGUCCAGCAAUGGAUAGUAAUUCGGCUGAAUAUGGUAGACAUGGAGAUUCCGACUGCUAUGGCCAAUAUCUCCAAAUUUGUAGAAGUUACAAAUCUGAUUGGUUGGAACCUUUUUGCGUGAAAUGUUUGGUCAGAACUUCAAGUUUCAAAAAUGAUGAAGGAUUUAAAUAGCUGUCAAGGAUUUCUAGUGGGGAGCUGAAACUCUGGCAAUUGAUGUGCAUUGGAGAAUCCAUUUCCUGUUGUCUGAAGAGUCCCGAAACUGCUUGUUUGAAAGUGAAGAUUUCAUGUAGUGGAAAGAAAGCUGUUAUUAGUCCUCUGUUGCUGCCAGAGUCUGUGUAGCCUCAACGACAGCAACGACGGCGUCGAUUAAGGCAGCCACCGGCACGGCGAUGCCGGUUCCCCUUGCCCCUUACCCUGCUCCUCCUGUGCCAUUCACACCACCCACUCCCAAUGCCGGGGCUCAAAGCCAGCUUGUCUGCACUGGAUGCCGGAAUCUGCUCAUGUAUCCUGCCGGCGCGACGUCAGUAUGCUGCGCAGUUUGCAGUACCGUGACCUCUGUUCCGUCUCCUGGGACCGAGAUGGCGCAGCUAGUUUGCGGAGGAUGCCACACUCUUCUAAUGUACAUACGUGGCGCGACAAGUGUACAAUGUUCUUGCUGCCACACUGUCAACCUGUCAAUGGAAGCGAAUCAGGUUGCACAUGUAAACUGUGGGAACUGCCGGAUGCUGCUCAUGUACCAGUACGGCGCAAGAUCUGUCAAAUGUGCAGUCUGCAGUUUUGUGACAUCAGCUGGGGCAUCACCUGGUGUAGACCAGAAGCCUAGCAACUGAACUGGUGCAAGAUUACUAUGAAGGAAGAAGCUUCCCAAAAAGAGGAUGCUUUGAGUGCACAUGUAUAGAGUUCUUCCCAGAAGCAAUCUCCAUUUCUCGCUUCCUUCGUUGGGCCUGGCGAGCUUGCGGAAUAAACGAGAGUUUUUGGUAUUACUUAGAGCUCGAAAUUCGUCGAAUCAUCUGUAUAACUGGAUCAGACACAUACAUAAACCCUCUGUGUUUGUGUUGAAAUCUAGCUUCUUUUUACU